AUGGGCAGUGAGUGUCCUUCACUUAGGAGCGCCGAUACUCAUUCACAACAAGCAGUUCAGUCACAAAAUUAUAGGGGCGUUAAGCCUCGAGCUUCAAGAAGGAGUUCGUGCAAGAAGAAGUUCUCAAGAAAAGUAGAGUUCGAAGGUAGAAUAAGAAGAGAAGAAGUUAGCAGUGGUGUGAAAAGGUUAUUUGGCAUGCUUAGAGGGCAACCCUAUUACCAACCUAGAGAAGAUACUUACAUGAGACUCAUUGUAUUGCUUGGAAAAUCUGGCCAACCCCAUUGUGCCAAUGAGCUUUUUAGCUCUAUACAUGAAGAUGGUUGUGAAAGUACUAAACUUUACACGGCCUUAAUUACAGCCUAUUGUCGAAAUAAUCUUGUUGAGGAGGCAUUGUCGAUUCUUGAUGAGAUGAUGAACAUCCCCAAUUGCCAGCCUGAUAUCAUAACUUACAGUACCUUGAUGGAAGCUCUGUUGGAUGCUUUGAAGUUUGAAAUGGUUGAGUUGGUGUAUGAUAAAAUGAUUGAAAGAUCUAUCAUGCCAAACACUCUCACCCAGAACCUCCUCCUUAGUUGUUAUGGUAAGGCUGGGAAGUUUGAUCAGAUGGAGAAGAUAGUAUCAAGGUUUAGAAGGAAACCUCCUUCUCUCACCAAGGCUCCAUGA